AUGGGUUUAUAGGCGAGGUAGCCAGAGAAGGUGCUUGGAUUUUCAUGAAAGGCUGGUACAACUUGAUCAACGCUUCACGAUCCCUUGGUGUUAACUUUUAGGCAUUAAUGAAAGAUGAAUUAAUUGAACUGGCUGGGUGAAUGUGACCUUGCGCGUUUAGGAAUACAAAGGAGAGCUCGUUGUCCAAUCACAUCUUGACGAGCAGAAUACUUAUGAAUAUUAAUUAUCGUGGGUUCUGGGUAACCAAUGGACCCUCUGAAAAACCCGGGCAUGCUAAUGUCAAAUUGACAGCUACGGAAUUGGAAUCCAGCAACAUCAUUGAGCGAGCAGUAGGUAUGGGUUCGGUUCUGCAUACAAUGGUUCGCAGCUGUAUCUAUAGUUUACUGUCGCUACUUCGCUUUAAAACAUGUAUAUCAAACCAAAGAGUAAAGUCACUUUGAAAUUAAAUAUGCAGACAAUUUAGCCUCACUUGGAUACUAGUAGGAAGGAACGGCCAACGGCUGAGAAACGAUCAAAGAGCCAAAGAGUAAGCACUCAGCCACUCUCCGAGCAAGGGAGAACGAUGUACCGAGCGUUUUCUUUCCCAAUGACAGCGGAGCGCAGUCGGAAUAAGGAGCGCCUUGAGGCGAGUUUGGCCGGUCUUUGUGAGUUGGAGCUGCUGAAACAGAGGCAGGAAUGCCUGGUGCUCAGUGCCCUCUCCCUCGGGGACUCUGUCCCAGGACGCCCGGCAUGGGGCGAUGUACAGGCGGCCUGGCCCGUUCCGGAGACAACCAACUGUGCGUCAGACGACUUUAGUUACAGGCGCCAUACGAGCAGUCUACAGUGUACUCCAUGUGGUCUGAUGGCAUCUCUGGAGCAGCAGGUUGGGGAGCUGAGGAUGGAUACAGAGGAUAAUGCGGUGGAGGCCUCUACUGAGCUGAUGGACAUUCGGCCCAGCUCAGGGGAAUUCUUCGUGGCCAAUCGGGAAGGACAGCCAGAAUCCGGGUCCCGCCCCACAGUCCCCCUCUCCUUCUCGGCCCCCUACCCCUCCCUGGAAGGCAUCGCCGAGGGGGCCGGCGAGGGGGAAGACAAGGCCUGGGCCUGGGACCACAGCUCAGGGCCAGGAGGAGGGCUGGAUGUGGAGGGGGAGCCCACGGAGGAGGACUACCGUCAGGCCCAGCGUGUUGAGACAUAUAUCCUGAGCCUGAUCCAGCGGCGUGCCCUGUCCCCUCGGCCCUGCAAGCCCCGCACCGCCAUUACCGUGGCCCGCCAGAGCAGCCUCUGCCGCAAGGACCCCCUGCCUCCACCACCCGCUGCCUCCAUCCCUGAGCACCACCCCCACCACCACCAAGCCGCUGGUCCCCCUCCCUCUGAGGGUCCCCCUGCAUCCUGGGCCUGCCACAGCCUGGACCAGGAGCCAUACGCAUGCAUUGCCGACUCACCCCAUCCCUACCACCACGGCUACCCGGCCCCUCCCCCGCCCCGUUCGCCUCCCUCGCCUGACGAGCAGCUGGUCAACGCCCAGUACAUCCCUGCCCAACCUCUCCGGGCCCCCACCGCCAGGGCCUCCGCACACUCCCACUCCCACAGGGGGGCCCCUGGGGGACCCAAACCCAGCCGGGGCGCCUAUUCUCCAGUGAGGGGUUCUCAACAGCAGCCGGCCCCACAGCAGCUGCAGCAAGCCAAAUCUAAAGCCGCCCCCAAGAAGUGUCGCUUUAGCGAGGAGAGGGAAAGGGAGAGGGAGAGAGACAGAGAGAGGGAGCGGGAGCGGCCAGUAGGCUCCAAGAAGCCUGGAAGACGAGCCUGCAGGUCCCAGUCUGAGAACAGCCUCAAUGGGCAACGGGGCGUCCCUGAACGCAAGUACAGCACGGUGGAGAGAGACGGGGGAGGAUCAGGGUCAGGAAGCGGCCGCGGAAGCCAGUCCAAGGGGAAGAGGCCCCAGCCGGGCAGCACAGGCUACCGCCGCUGGCGCUCCACCCUUGAGCUUAGCCAGGAUGAAGCUGAGCAGCCUCCACAGCCGCCCCCAGCUGACCAGGGCUCCAGGCGCACCCGCAAACCCCGGCCUCCUCCUCCACCUUAUGCCUACAUCAACCCACACCCGCAUCAUCACCCCCAUCUGGAGUACCUGGACCGAGAGCUCGCAACCCUGUGUCAGCCCGAGGAGCGUUACCCCCACCCUGGGCAGGGCGAGUCCGAGUCGAGCCUGAGUGAAGACUCGCCGGCCUCCAGCUCGCUGUCAAGUGACUCAGACGAGAGCGGAGGUCUGGUGUGGCCCCAGCAGCUCCCCCCUCAGCUCUCCUCCCCCCUGACGGCCACCGCUCCAGCUGGGGCCCCCCUGCAACCCAAAGCCUUCGUCAAGAUCAAGGCCUCCCACGCGCUCAAGAAGAAGAUCCUGCGCUUCCGCACGGGCUCCCUCAAAGUCAUGACCACCGUUUAGAGUGCCGCACAGGACCCGUGCUUAGUAGUUGUGGGUUAAGACAAUUUAGUGUCUCUCUCUAUAUGCACCUGGUUUCCUUUGAGGAGAAGCGCCGUCUGUUUUGAAGAGCCACAAGAACAGAAGACAGCAAAUUUAACUCACUGCACUGCCUAACUGUACAUGCAUACAUAGACUCUUUUGGCUUUCAAUGCAUCCUGCACAGGCCUCAGAUCUGCCAUAAACCCUCCUGAACAAGCAAACAGAGUUGAGCCUGAGCUCUAAACUAUGAUCCCAGAGCUGUGAAGCUUUCGGCUAUUGCUUGAACCCAGGCAGGCGGGGUCUAAGACAAAAUAAUAUGCUAUGGGGCUUGAGUUGGCCUUAUUCCCCUUUCCCUCCCCCUGACAGAGAGCACUGUGAGCAUGAUAUGUCCCGUCUUGUGACUCAGCAUCAACGUGUCUGUAGUCUAGGUUGUGUUCCAGGCCACACUACUUUGCAGACAUUGUAUCAACCAAUGGAUACAUGCCAUUUUAUUAACUGCAGAAUGCAGUUGGGUAUCAGACUGCUAAAUCAUAUGUGGUUAGCUGAUACGUUAAACACCUAUCUAGCUGGGAAAUCUGAUGUUGUCAUAUCUGGCAGGUGUAUGCAAUGUAGCCUGGAACGCUGCCCUCCUCUGCACAUGACCACCUGUGUGGUGUGAUUUACUCACCCCUGUAUUUAUGAAUGUAUUCUGUAAAUAAAAUGAGCUGGGACCAUAGAACCUUAAGGGGACCACAGAGGUCUUGUCUCUCGA